AUGGCCGCAAGGAAAAACCCAGUAAUGAACCUUGUUCGAGGAAGAGAAAUAAAGUUUGGAAAUAACACAUGUACAGAGGCAGAGACACUCACAGACACCAGCCUAAGCCGAGGCCACAACAUGGGACACGCCUCACUCUCACAGAAACAAGAAGUCACUGGCCCGCCGCAAUCACUUUUGGUCAAUGGGAGCCACUCAAGAGACUGGGACCGACCGGCCCCCGUUAGCCCCUUUCCCCCCUCCGCCGGUUGCUGCUCCGGCUCCGCUGGCCUCCCUCCUUACCCCUCCCUUCCCUUCCGCCCCUUUUCGCACGUCCCUGUGCCCGUGCGGGCCGGAUCUGGGCCUCCGCCAGAUCUGUGCCGGGCACUCUCCUCCCGUCGACGGUGGCUGCCCUGGCCGUCGCCGACCGCUUCACUACCACUCCGCCUUCCCCCUUCCUUGUGGCCACCCGCAUUCCUCGAUCUCUCUUGCUCCGCUAUGGAGAACGGCUCUCCUUCCCGCCGCUCCUGGGAAGACGAGGCCGACGAUGAGCUCCCUUCCCCACGGUCCUUGGGCGUGGGGUCCCCGGGCCUCUUCCCGGGCGCGGCGGCCUUCGGUGAGAGUCCGUCGCCGUUGGAGCUGGAGUUCGGCCACGGUGACAGGAUCUUCUUCAGCGACUCCGAGGACUACUCCGACUCUGAGCCUCCCUCGCCGCCUCCAGAGGGGAAGGGCAAGGCCGUUGCUGCUGCUGUUGGGCGCCGCCGCCGGACGCGCCGCCACCGUCGUCGUUGGCAAGAGCAGGGUUUCUCGGGCUUCAUGGCGGCGGCACGGCGCGCGCACCCCACGUUGGAGUCCGUCCCGAUUGAGGCUCCACCGCGGUGUCGAGCCUCCCAUGUGGGGCACCCCCCUCGAGCGUUUGAGGAGCUGGAUGCGGAUGGGUUCUACAGGGUGCGGAGUCGUCAUCGCUGGCGCCGUCGCUCACCACUGAAGCAAGCGAAGCCAGUUCCCCCUGCCCUUGUCGGCCUUUGCUUCAAUUGCUUGGCUGACAACCAUGUCAAGGCGGAUUGCACUUUCCAGCGAGGUGCUUCAACUGCUGGUGCUGCCGAGGACGAGCUAGGCCUGGCCCUUGUCGCUUGCGUUGGUGGUACCAGGCCCUCGGUGUCACCGGCCAUAGUCCGCCAGUUUCUGUCUGACUGUUUCAGGAUGGGAAUUGAGGAUGCCAAGGUCCUAGGCCAUGACCCUAAGGACUUUGUGGUGCGUUUCCGGCGCCGUGAAGAUCGGGACCGGGUACUCCACACUCAGGCGCCGCACGUCCUUGACCCUGUCGUGAAAGCGGAGCUCCCUGGGCUUCGCUACUUGGUGCGAAUUCGUCUUGUCGCGUUCCAGGAUUGGAACACACCACCAGUGUUUCCACGUGGAGGUGACCAUGGUGGUGGGGCCGAUAAGGAUGACGGCUCCGAUGAUAGCAACCAUAAUCGCUAUCACCCCGGUCUGGAUGGCAACCGGGGCGGCGCAUCACGUGGACUGUAUCCGGAUGUGGAUGACUGUGGGGGCAGUGCUGAUGAUGAUGUUGAUUCAGGUGACAGCAACUAUAACCGUUAUCAUCCCGGAGUGGACUCCUUGGCUGUGGAUGGAGCUGAAGUGUUGGACAGGCCAGCCGAUGGUGAUCUGUUAGCAGGCUGCCUAGAUGUGCUUGUUGGGACCGUGCACUGCCCGAUUUGGGAGAGCAUGGCUGGUCGCUGCGGGGGCUUCGGAGCUGUGGUUACCGUGGAGUCUGCUUCGCCAGUUGUGGACGAUGUCGCGUCCUCGGCAUACGUUGUUGGUUCCUCUGAGGAGCCACGGUUGAUCGAGCAACCUCUCCGCCCUUCCUCGAUGGCUAAUGACGCUUUGUGUGAUGAUGAUAUAUCCCUAAUCGGCCGCCACGCGGAGUAUAUCGGAGAACCUGGCUUCCUUGGGAGGUUCCUUUGUGAGGACCCCUCGCUGCUAGUGGGUUCGUUUGAUAGACCUUCUGAUCCGGUGGCCGCUUGCACGCCUGAGAGUGCCUGCCUUGGGCCGGCGUGCCAGCUGGUUGGUGGCCUAGAACGUGUGGACUCUGAGGAGCUGAGGGAGGUAUUUGAUGUUGGCCCUACGGGAGAGGCCCUGACUGAGCAUUGUCCGGCACUGGGCCGGGUGGUUGGCCCUGAUCCUGUGCCGCUUCAUGGUGAGGAUGCCCCUAGGUCCGCGCCGCGGACGCCCCUGGCGUCGGGGACGCCGCCCUUGCUGGUGGAUUGUCUUGAGGAUCGCCUCUGCCUCCCGUUGCGGACGCCACUUGUCCGCGGACCGCCCAGGCUGCGUAGACCGCGGACACCAGCACAUGUUCAGUCGUUGCGGCGAAGCGAGCGCAUUGCUGCCACGCCACGUGAAGCUGACUCCACCAAACAAGCUCAGCUGGUUCUGAUGCAGAAGCUGGGAAUGGCGGCACCCUCGCCCGCUGUCGACUCAGAGACGGUGCGCAAGUACAAGACCACCUUUAGAGAACCGCUAUCGGAGUCCAACCAAGAGGCGCUGCAGCUUCUCUUCGGUGGGCAAUUUGAUCCAGUGGCCAUGAACUUGAACAUGCUCGGGUUGGACGAGGAGGCAAUUUAG